GUUUGUGGAAGAUGGCGCCUGUUGUGACAGGGAAAUUUGGUGAGCGGCCUCCACCUAAACGACUCACUAGGGAAGCCAUGAGAAAUUACUUAAAAGAACGAGGGGAUCAAACAGUACUUAUUCUUCAUGCAAAAGUCGCACAGAAGUCAUAUGGAAAUGAAAAACGGUUUUUUUGCCCUCCUCCUUGUGUAUAUCUUAUGGGCAGCGGAUGGAAGAAAAAAAAAGAACAAAUGGAACGUGAUGGUUGUUCAGAACAAGAGUCUCAACCUUGUGCAUUUAUUGGAAUAGGAAAUAGUGACCAAGAAAUGCAGCAGCUGAACUUGGAAGGAAAGAAUUAUUGCACUGCCAAAACAUUGUACAUAUCUGAUUCAGACAAGAGAAAGCACUUCAUGUUGUCUGUCAAGAUGUUCUACGGCAACAGUGAUGACAUUGGCGUGUUCCUCAGCAAGCGGAUAAAAGUCAUCUCCAAACCUUCCAAAAAGAAGCAGUCAUUGAAAAAUGCUGACUUAUGCAUUGCCUCAGGAACAAAAGUGGCUCUCUUCAAUAGACUUCGAUCCCAGACCGUCAGUACCAGAUACUUGCAUGUAGAAGGAGGUAACUUCCAUGCCAGUUCUCAACAGUGGGGAGCAUUUUACAUUCAUCUCUUGGAUGAUGAUGAGUCCGAAGGAGAAGAAUUUACAGUCCGCGAUGGCUAUAUCCAUUAUGGACAGACAGUGAAGCUUGUGUGUUCAGUUACUGGCAUGGCACUCCCAAGAUUGAUUAUUAGGAAAGUUGAUAAGCAGACCGCACUAUUGGAUGCAGAUGAUCCUGUCUCACAACUCCAUAAGUGUGCAUUUUACCUUAAGGAUACUGAAAGAAUGUACUUGUGCCUUUCUCAAGAAAGAAUAAUCCAGUUUCAGGCCACUCCAUGUCCAAAAGAACCAAAUAAGGAGAUGAUAAAUGACGGCGCUUCCUGGACAAUCAUUAGUACGGAUAAGGCAGAGUAUACGUUUUACGAGGGGAUGGGCCCCGUCCUUGCCCCUGUCACGCCUGUGCCUGUCGUAGAGAGUCUUCAGUUGAAUGGCGGUGGGGAUGUAGCAAUGCUUGAGCUCACAGGACAGAAUUUCACUCCAAAUUUACGAGUGUGGUUUGGGGAUGUAGAAGCUGAAACCAUGUACAGAUGUGGAGAGAGUAUGCUCUGUGUCGUCCCAGAUAUUUCUGCAUUCCGAGAAGGUUGGCGGUGGGUCCGGCAGCCAGUCCAGGUUCCAGUAACUUUGGUCCGUAAUGAUGGAAUCAUUUACUCCACCAGCCUUACCUUUACCUACACGCCAGAACCAGGGCCGCGUCCACACUGCAGUGCAGCGGGAGCAAUCCUUCGAGCCAACUCAAGCCAAGUGCCCCCUAAUGAAUCCAACACAAACAACGAGGGAAGUUACACAAACGUCAGCACAAAUUCAACCAAUGUCACAUCGUCCACAGCGACAGUGGUGUCCUAACUACCGUCCUUUUGCUAGGACUUAAACUGACUUUAGUGCUGCAGUGAAACAUUGACAGAAGGAAAAAAGAAAAAGGAAAGAGAAUAAAUGAACAAGCUUUUGUGGUUUCUUGGGAAAACUUUUCAUACCAGGUGAUACUAUUCAGAGCCCCGUUACCUGCAAGUGCUGAUUUGAAAUGCAGAAGCCACAGUAAAACAAAGUGAACGUCCAGAUGUAUGCACCGUUGGAAAUAAUAGAUUUUUUUUCAUCUGUUAUUUUGGUUGGCUGGUUUUCAUUUGAUUUUAUUUGAAUGGGCAAGAAAUAGAAAUGUGGCUGAAAUAAAAGUUAAGCAACUAGAAGACACAAAUCUAACAUAGUUUUUAUGGACCAAGGAACUUGUAUAAGCUUUAGUCAAAGGUACAUUUUCAUCAUACCUUUUUUUAUAUCGCAGUAUAUAGUACAUCUUUCUUACCAAAUAGGUUCUCCUCCCUGCCCUCCUUGGAGCUUUUGCUCUUAAAUACAUUCAGGUUCCAAGCCUGGCCACACUUGUUUAAUCUGAUUAUCCUAUUCUUCCAGGUUUUGUUUUGGUUUUUUGUUUGUUUGUUUUGUUAUGUUGAUUUUUUUGGUCUAAGGCUGGAACUUUUUUUUUAGCUGAAGUCUUAGGACUUUACAUGAGUCAAAAAUUGCUUUGAUUUCAGCAAGUCAAAUCUUGUAAAAGCCUAUGUAUUUUUUUUUUUAAGAUUAUAUGAAGUCUGUGCAAAAGCUUUAAGAAAUGCCUCUGCCUUGCCUGCAAUACAUGCAAUGUUCGUUAACUUUGUCUCUUUCCUCACUGUUGCUAGUUAUUUCUGUUUUCCCUUUUUUAAAAAUGUAUUUAUAGUGGUAAUCCAAAACGUUCUAACAUUUACAUGGAAUUAAAUGUGACCAUUGAGUCAGUCAUGAGUUAAUGGCGCAGAACAUGUUAGUAUGCGAAGUGCGCUCUCCCGCUUCCCUGUGUAUAAACCUGUCGACAUACUUCAGGAUCUGUUCAGGUUUUUCCCUUCCCAGUCUUGUACAUAACUUGUAUUAUGUGUAAGUUAAACAUUUUAUUUUGAACUUGGAAUGUUCCUAGUGAUUUCAUUCAGCAAGGUGUUUUCUGCCUUGUUGGCAAUGACAAAAAAAUAUCAUGAGAAGUAUUUUGCUACCAGUUGGUAGAAGGUGCCCUUAUUGUAUAAUUAGGACUAUCUCAGCAAAGCAUGCUUUUAUUUUAUGUUAUGUUAUGUUAUGUUACGUUAUGUUAUGUUAUGUUGGUAGCCUAGGCCAAAACAUCAUUGUAACCUUAAGUAAAACAAGAUGCUUUUAUUAGAAGACCAACUAAAAUGGCUGAAAGACAGUACUUUAGAAACAGGCAGUUGUGAUAUUCUCAAAGUGCAAAUGUAACUUAUUUUCCCACUUCUCACUCCCUGUACCCAUCCUCUUUUCUCCCUUCCUUUGACCAGCACUGUCUUUCUAAAUGUCUCCCCAGAAACUACUUUUCAAGCCAGUUCAGAUUUGGUUGCAUUCAGGGUUACAUCUUGGCCUUGCAUGCCAAGCUCGCUGGUUUUCCAUUGCUUUCAUUGCUGCCCUGCAGUUAUGCCUCUGUUGAGUUUCUUAGAAAUUGCAGCAGACCCACGGGCUACAGUUAGUACAGGAACUGCGUGUGUGAUGUUGUAAUACACAGUCUAGUAGUACAAUCAUCCUCCUUAGAGUAAAAACUACCUCUAGAUUGUGGUAAGCUUUUACUGCCCCAUAAAACAGGAGCCACAAGUACCUUAUGAAUGCAAAACUGUAACUUCCUCCCAUGCUUCCUUGCAGAACAUUGUCUUUCUGUUGUCCUGGACUUCCUUUGCAGACGUUUCCAUCAGACUUUCAAAAACAUUAUCAGUCAUUUGUUACUCCUCCAGCUUUGCUCUCUUCACUCCUUCUUUCGCUCAGACCAUGCCAUUGUAAAUAUAAACCUUGAUAUCUUCAAAUUGCUCUUCCCUUCAUAUUCAAGGGGGCAAUCAUUUGUAAAACUUGUUAGUGGUUAAAUCCACGUUAUUGUGCUUUUCUCUAACUGUAUGUACACCUUUUUAAUCACUCACAGACUGCAUUAUACUUACACACACACACACACACACACACACACACACACACACACAAAUACACAGACACACAGACACAGUCUUCUCUCCAGUUCUCCUCCAGCUACUUGCUUCUCUGUGAGCUAAUCCUGCCUCACACUUUAAAUCUGUUUUAGUGGUCAAGGGCAGAACUCAUGUGGCCUUAUCUUUCUUUGUUUUCACUGUUUACUGGCUUUUCCUGCAAACUUGCUUACUUCUGAGUAGUAUUCUUUUCUCUGUUGUGUCACGGAAGUGUCUUUACACAAGGCGUUUUUUUUUGUUCAGUGUGUGGGAUUGUUUUCAAUGCUGCUUAACUUUUAGUGGGCCACAAGUUUCCUCCACUUCCCAAGUUUGAUAUUUACUUUAAAAUUAUGUUAAAUUAACCUGUAAUAGAUGAGAUGCUUUAGAAGAACAAAUUAUUCCUUAUCCAGCUUGGCAGCUCGAAAUUAGUUUUCAACAUCAUUAUGAUUUUACUAAAAAACAUUUACUUUUUUCUUAAACUGUUUAUCUUAUUUAGGUUAUUUCUUUUUAAUAAGAUCAUUGAAAUAUUGGACUAUCAUCCCUUUUUCUGUUUGUUUUUCACGUCCAAAAAAGUGCUUAUAAAGGGAUUUACCCUCUUCAUAUCACAAACUAAAAUGAUUGCUCUAUUCUAUAUUUUUGUUCUUUUGUCAGCUGCUAAAAAAAAAAAAAGACGGUUCUCACGGUUUUGUCCUCAUUGCAGUACAUAAUUCAAAGGAGAUUGUUGUCCAGUCUUUAGGAAAUAUCUCCCCUUCUCUGUAUUGGCAUAAGAAGCAGUGCCGGCCAUUUGCCUUGGGAGAGGUGCUGUUCAGAUGAUGACCUCUUCAGUUACUAUUUUUUUCUUUUGAGUUCUGUUCAUUUCAUCUUUUUAGUACUGAUUUAGAAAUGUACUUUACGCUCCAUGAUUCUAUGCAAUGUCCCAUGAUAUGCCUAGCAGCUGAGCCUGUGAUCCUGUUGAUUUCAUGAUCCCACUGACGUCAUCACAUAGCUAAAGACCUUAAAUAUGGAACAUGCCCUUUUUAUUUGGAACGAUUUCGUGCUGAACACUAGUAUAAUACCCCACCUGCUGCUCAGCUUUCUUAGAUGGUGGCAACUCAAGGCAUCUUCCUAGAGAAGCGUCAGUUUGUGAGAUGUCAUCAUACUACACAGACAUGUUGCUUUCAGAACUGGUUAGGUUUUGUUCCUUUUAAAAAUGGAAUUGGUACUAUCUGUAUUCUGACAGGAAAUUUCCAGUGCAUUUUGGGGGGAACUAAAUUAACUAGCCAUGUUUAACCAGAUAAUUCACGGCGGGGUGGGGCUUUUUUUUUUUUAAACAAAAUGCAAUUCAAUUAUUAACCAAGUUACUUACUUUUGAUUUCAAAAGCAGCUGUGUUUCUGAUGAGUACUGAACAAAUGUGUGUAAUUUUCCGUGCCAGACUUUUAACUUUGUUUUCAAGCACUGUAAUGUGGGAUGGAUGGUUAGAAACAAUAAUAUAUUAGGGUUUCUAUUUAACCCUUUCAGGACUGAACUGUGUAUCUUCUUUGAUUAAUUUUUCCCUGUGUUGUGAUGUUUGCCAGCAUUCAGUACUGUGUUGGUCCAGAUGUAGGUUUAUAUGCUCAUUUUUAGCUUAUUUCUUGUACCUUGCAGCAUGCUUUAUGCAUUCAGUCCUUAAGGGGUUUAAUUUACAAACUGUGCGCCUGUAAGGUUUAUUAGCAAUAAGAUAGAAAAUUGAGCAAGUUUAUACCAUAAUUUUGUAGAAAAAAAAAGAAUCUGCUCAGUUCCAUAUUUCAUCCAUGAGAAACUUGCAAUAUGGGCAGUUUCACAGAAUAAAUAAAAAAGAAAUGUAAACCAUUGUAAAUGUCUUCUGUUGGAUGUGCCUGAAUGCAUGUAUUCCCGCCUUUAAUUUUAGACCAUUUUAUAAAGAUCAAAUUAAACCCUGUA